CAACACACGCAGUUCUGUUCAACACUUCAGUUGAUUUCUUGAUUCCCGCGGAGACGCAGCCGCGCGGUUCGACCGCCGAAACGAGCGUCCGAAACGCCGACUCGAAAAAAAAAUUUUGUCCCAUAAUAAAUCUGUGUUGUGACAAUAAUGUUCCUAUAGUUAUAAGUGUUUUUUGAAAAUGGAAAAAAUGGAAAGGAAAAGCUAAUCACCAACAAUCUGAAAUAUAUUAAUCACCAACAAUCUUAAAUAACUUAAUCACCAAUUGCCUAAAAAAAUGUUUCGUCCGUCACUAACCCGUGGCGUGAGCGUGGACUCAGCUGAUGUGUCGGGCUAUGCCAGGAGCCGGCGCGCCUCGCUGUCGGCCGAACAGCGGCGCAAGCUGAGCAUGCUGCGCUCAGCCAGCAUCCCUUCGCCGUUGACGCCGGUGAGCCACAUUUACCAUUUGGUACCCUGCCCGAGAAAAGACUGUAAUCAGAAAUAUGUCGUCAGCACAGACAGGAGCGGAGAUAUCCAUGUUCAUGUGCAAGGCGACCUAAGUCAACAGGAUAAACGAUGCGUUUUCCUGACAGUGCACGAUCUUGGGACCAACCACUCGACAAUGGUUGACUUCGUGAACAGCCCAGCUAUGUCGGAGAUCAAGGAGCGUUCAUGUUUCAUCCACGUGGAUGUACCAGGACAUGAGGAGGGGUCGCCAGAUUUGCCCGACUCAUACCAAUUCCCUUCACUCCAAACUCUAGGCGAAGACUUGAUAACAGUCUUAGACUUUCUCCACGUCCGCUACGCCGUCGGCCUAGGCGAAGGCGCCGGAGCCAAUGUCCUGGCCAGAUGCGGCCUGGCCCAUCCCAGGCGACUCCUAGGCCUUAUCCUGGUGAACUGCACAGCAUCAACAUCGUCCGUAGCUGAUGCAUUUAGGAGCAGGUUUUCAAGAUGGCGCGGAGCCGACAUUUCUCAGUCUGAAGAGGAUUUCCUCAUUUACCACAAGUUUGGCCACCAAAUAUCAAGUGACUCCUGCGAGGCGGGCGAGCGCGACCGCAUGCUAACUGAGUACCGCUCGCGCCUGCGCGGUAACCUCAACACGCAUAACAUCAAGCAGUACGUCAGGGCGUUCAUCAAUCGCAAGGAUCUGGUCCUCCGAGGCUGCCAGCCUGACAUCCUGCUGAUCACGGGCAUGCUGAGCCCCUACUCCACCGUCAUCGAGAAGAUGUACAAGGAGUUGGAUAAGGAGAGGGUCACCAUACUCAAGGUGGACAGGGCUGGAGAUGUGCUUGCUGAGACGCCAGCCAAGAUAGCACAGUCCCUCCUACUGUUCUGCCAAGGCCAAGGCCUGCUGACGUCCCUACCCCCACCAGGGGUGGAGCGGCGCAUGUCUCGCGCCAUGUCCAUGGAGGAGUACGACAAGCCCAACAUCCGCCGCCUGUCGCUCACCCCGGCGCAGCCUGACUCCCCGCACAGGAAGCUCUAGCUGAUCCGCGGGGACUCCUUGAAAGAGGAGACCGUCUGAGCCUUGUGCCCUUACAAUAAGGCCGGUUUUUGUCUGAAGGGUUUUGGAGUUAGGGCGUUUUGGAUUUCUGGUAGGUGUAUUCUUCUGUGCGGAAGAAAUGUCUGGUAUAUAAUAGUAUAGGAUUGCUUCAGUUUAUUUUCUGCUGUAUGUAUGUAUAUUAAAGAAGAUUCAAAACGCCCUUUCUCCCAAAAUGACCUGAUAUCAGAUUUAAUAUGUCUAUAAACUGUAUGUUUGGUGUAGAAUCUGUAAUAGUGAAUUAAAAUGUUAUGUCGGUGUUGCAUUAGCAUAAAUUAAUAAAACAUAUCGAAUAUAAUGUUGUCCUUUGUGCGAUGAAAUAGAGAAAAUAUUUCAAUCAAUACAAGGUGUUAAACAUCACGCUUUCAUAUUUCCUGAGGACCCUGCAAGAAUUUAUCAACAGAUAAUACUUGUGCAAAAUAGAUGUUGUCACAGUGUCUUUUGGUAGUAAUAUUCUUAUAAAUGUUAUACAAUCAUUUUGAAAAGUUUUAAGGGCCUUUAGGUCAAUAGAUCAAGUUUGUAGGAUAGAGCACCUUUGUCAAUGUGUAGGUUUGUUAAGGUCAGUCUAAGUAAACGCGUUGUCUAAAAUAUCACAGUUUCACUCAGCUUCGGCAUGGUUAGGCUGUUUCUAUAGAAGAAGAAAAAGAAACCUGUUUACAUACCAUUGCAGUGUUGUCUUGUGUGUUCAAAAAAUUAUCAAAGACGCAAGCUCUUUAGAAAACUUAUACCAAACCAGUUUAUUUUUAAAUAUUGUGUAUUUUCCUAUUUAUUAUACGAAUGUUAUAUUUUGAUAAAGCUUUAUUUAUAGAAGCUUGAGAUGUGAUUUUUAUUAUUGUAAUCAUAUUAUAAAUUAUGGCAAUUUUCAAUGAAAAUUAGGGCCCGCUUUUUGUGAAAUGUGUAUUCUAUUGGAUGAAUGGAAGAUCUUUUUAACCGACUUUCCAAAAAGGAGGUUCUCAAUUCGGAUGUUUGUAUGUUUUUACGGUGUAUGGACCAAUGUCUAUAUCAUCACAAAAUGUUAGAGUAGUUAAUAUUUUAUGCACAUUCGAAGGUUGACUAGCAAUUGGAAAAGCAGUUAAAAUACGUUAUUAAGGUUUACAGUUUUUGUGGGCAUAAAAAUCGUGACCUGAGCUUGGAUUUCUUAUUCGAAUACACGUAACCCAUGCACGAGACUUAUUCAAGUGAUCGGCUUGCAUAACAGAAUUAACUGGCAAAUGACAAAAUAAAUAUCCCAAGAUGAAUAUCUCAAAAACACCGUGAGCAAAAACAACAAAAUUACACAAGUUACAAUCAGUGGGAUUUUGCUGUUUUACCAAUCGCUAGUUUCAAUCUUAACUUUUAAAGCAAAAUUGUGGAGAGAAAUAUUUAUUUUCGUUGUGUUUUUUGUUUUGUAAAUGAUGUAAAGAAAUAUUUUACUAUGUUAAGAGUUAUUUACUAUUCUAGUAUUAUGUACAAAGUACCUAUGUUUUGAAUAGAAUUUAUAAAUAUUAGAUUGUAUGUUAUAAUUCACAAUAAAUAUUUACUGUAGAA